CAUCUCCACCCGAUGGAGUUUUUGCCAACUCCAGGGGAUCCGAACACCCUCUUGACCCAUCUGUUUGUUAAAAAAAAAAGAAUCAUAUCCUAGAUUAGUUUCACCUUCCACCCUAACCCACCGCGGUAAGCCGGCGUUAUUCCGCCCAACUCGGUAACUAAAUUCCUGGGUUCAUCCAAUCUGAUUUUUGUUUCCACCUUUCCCCACCGCGUUUGCGCAAGGCGACCUGCUCGACAAAAUUAAUCUGGAACGGCGCGACACAAACCAUGGCCAGCGGCGGCCCCGACCGCAUCAGCGCCCUCCCCGACGAACUCCUCCACCACCUGCUCUCCUUCCUCCGUGCGCACGAAUUGGUGCGGACGUGCGCGGUUGCGCGGCGCUGGCGCCACCUCUGGAAAUCCGCCCCCGCCCUGCGCGUCACCGGUGUCAAGGGGUGCUUAAACUCUGGAUGGUUCGUCAACUUCGUCAGAACCUUGCUCCAGCGUCGCGACGCCAGCGCCCACCUGGACUCGUUCGAGCUCGACCUCGACGAGCGCGACUUCGAUUUCGUCAAGCCGUUCCUCCCCGCCAACGAGUGGCACGUGAACGGCUGGUUCCAGCUCGCCGUGGCGUGCGGACCCCGGGUGCUGCUGGCGCUGCGCACCACCAGCGGCAUCUACGAGAACCCGGGCGACUACGAGACUCUAGAGCUUCUCAAUCUCCCUCUCAUAUCCCGCCACAUCACAAGAUUGGAACUCCAGAUGGUGUCUGUGCGUGGGAGGACUCUCAAUUUCUCCGGGUGUCCGGCGCUGGCUGAUCUCAAGAUGGAGGAGUGCGACAUUAUGGGGAGUAUCUCUUCCCGGUCCUUGAAACGGCUCAGCAUCAUUUUGGGUAAUUUCCGGACAGAUCCCUUCCGCGCCCGGAUCUGUUUGCCUAGCCUUGUUUCCCUCGAGCUCAUCGGCGCAAUGCGUAGGGCUCCGGUACUGGUCGAGAGCAUGCCACUCUUGGUUUCAGCAAUUGUUAGACUUGAUUCUACCUGUGUUGAUUCUUGUCCUAAGAGUGACUACGGAGAUUGUCAUGAUCGUCAAUGUUAUGGCUGCUAUGGUGCUGGUGCUUAUGAUAGGCGUGGCCAGUCCGUGCUUUUGAAUGGAUUGUCGGAAGCUGCGGAGUUGGAGUUGUCAGUUGAUUCUCAAGUGUUUGUUAUCAAUCGGGAUUUGAAAUUAUGCCCUACAUUUAGCAAAUUAAAGACCCUGUUGUUCAGCGAAUGGUGCCCCGAUAUUGCUAGUGACCUGAAUGUGUUAAGUUGCUUCCUCCAACAUUCACCAAUUCUUGAGAAGCUCACACUCCAGCUCUCUGAGGUACCUAAAGUUCCAGUGGGGACACAAAGAAGUUACACCCCAUCAAAGCAAUAUUUUGCAGGCAGCCAUCUGAAGAUUGUUGAGAUCAAAUGCGACGAGGAUGAUGCGAGGGCUCGCAAGGUUAUGAACAUCUUGAGCACCUACGGCAUACCACUCAAGAAGGUCAAUAUCCAGAUAAAUAAGAAAACUUCUGUAUCUUAAUGUCAGCUAAGCAUUUUUGAUAGGGGAAUUUUGGUUAUGCUACUGACACUUAUGCUACUUCUGUUUCGGCCUUGUGCUAAUGAGUGUGUAAAUUAUGAACCAAGACAUAAAGUAAGUGUCAAACUUAACCACUAGAAAAUAAUUGUUAGAAUUUGCAUGUAUCUGGAAAAGGUGCAGAUUCCCUAUGUCUUGUUGUAAAGAGGAAGAUAUACAUUUAUAUUACAUCUAUCUAGUUAGGAUAUUUAUAUAUGGUUAGAAUCAACGGUUGGUUUUGAGGCUUAUCCCUGGAGUUAGCUCAGCGCUCCAGUUUCUUAACUUUUGUAAAGCCCCCGGAAUUUGCCAUCGCAAAGAAGUGGUUAACAAAUCAGUUCUGGAAA